AUGAGACCGCGAUGGAGAUUAAGGCAGCAGGGCGAACGCACUUCAGCAUCGUCAGCGGUUGUACCUGCGAUGUUUAACAAUCUGAAAGCCCGCACCACUCCGGGUCGCUAUAUCCUAUGGUCAUCCGUGGAUUCCGAAUUGAUUCCUGUUCCCUUACGCAUCCCAAGAGAGUUUUACAUUCACAUGCGUCAACCAAAGGAAAGCAUUCUGCCUCAGGAGCUACCGUUCUUAAACCUGUACAAACUUGCGGUUCACGAAGACACCUAUCAAGAGAUGGGAGAACAUUUCAUUGGCCUUGCUAGCGAUCCAAACGUUGACGGAGUGUUCGAAUUACAGAUACCACUAGCUGUUCGGGCACUUGUGAAACUCGGGAUAUCACAAUGUCUCUAA